GCGUCUUACUCUGCAUUAAAUCUCUUCAUGAAAAUUUAAAUACAGUUUUGCAUAGUAUUGUUUUGUGUGGUUUCUUGCUGAAAACUUAUCAUUCAACUAUAUGUCGACAGUAUGAGCCAAAUAUUAACAGAAUACCUGUUUUACCUUGAAUCUCUGCUUUAUAAUUUAACCUGAAUAUAUCACACUUCUUGGGUAAAUAUCACACUUCUUGGGUUCAAAGGUCAGAUACUACGUCAAAGAACUUUCGCAAUUAAGCCAUUGCAUUCUGUAUGCUUUAGUAUUUCUAACAAUCGCAUUCCUCUUUUCUGUAAACAAAAACCCCUCUAGUCAGAAUAGAUUAAGUACCGUUGCGACACUGAAACCGCAACUGAGUUGUGAUGGCCGAUGGAGACGAGAGUUUCUGCCGAGCAGGGAACAGCUCUUCGUCAUCUUUCGGCUCGGAUCUGACGCGGGGAAACCACUGUGUCAACCACUCAGAUGAAGAAGUGCCCCGAACAUCGCUGUUCACGUGCAAAACAUGUGAAAGCUCUGGAAAAAAGUCUGGACCCUUCUGCAAGAGCUGUGUGAUGCGACACUUAAAGAGUGGCGAAGAGAUUCUGGACUGCGAAGGAAAUGUCCCCGCUAUUUGUCGCGAACACCGGCAAAUGCACGAGAUGUUUUGUGACACCGACAACGUCAGUUUUUGUGUUGAGUGUUUUUCCAGACAUAAAGGUCAUGAAAUUAGUCAACUAGCCGAAAAAGCGUGUAACGUUCGGUUCAGAAUCGGCAAUUUGCGGAAAAAGUUGGCUUCGAACCAAAAACUAAUUCAAGACAAAUUGGCGAUGGUCGAAGAAUGCAUAGAAACUAAGGAAACUUCUGAAAGAAAACUGGUUGAAAUUUUGCGUGAUAAUUUGCACCAGUUUGUGGACAACUUCAUUGAAGAUAUGAAGCAGAAGUUUCAGCGCCACGACGAGUUGAAUGUUGCGAGAGAAAGGAUAACCGAAUUAAUUUCACAGUCAGGUGAGAGUGACACAAGUUUGGAACGUCUUUUGCAUCUCUCAGACGGUGUUCUGAUUACUGAAUUCCCAAAUGUUGAAAGAGACCACAUAAAAGUGUCUCAAAAACAGUUUGACGUGAACAUGUUCAGUGUGUUUUUGCGGAGUUUUCACAUCGACCAUGAUAACAUUGCGGCGACCCAGCGUAGUGGAGCGAGUAUAAUGCUCGGGGCUGUCAAACCACCUGAAUUUAUCAAGCGAAAAGUCAAAGUGUGUAGCGAAAGAUCAGUUCACGUUUCGCCUACUAAUUUUGCCGGUGUUUCAAAUGAGUUAUUUUUCCACAGCCAAAAUCGGGUUUUCAGAGUAGAACACCAUAACGAUGGCAAUGCCACAGUUUAUGCAUGUACCUUGUUCAAAAACGGCGAGCUGGCCAGUCAAAAUCCGAUUGUAAAAAACAUUAAUAUUGACAAAAACAUCGAAAAAGUUUGUCCAGUGGGUAGUGAGUUCAUUUUCCUUCUUGAAGACCAAACUUUUCUCACUUUUGACGUGAAAGAAACGAAAAAUGAUCAGCAGCCUUUUUGGUUGUACCAAAACCCAAUUGCGCCUUAUCUGAGCGACUUUAAAACAUCUUGGGCGUUUUGGGAUGAAGAUUUGCGGAAGGUGAAAUUUGAAUCGCACCCGAGACUUGAAAUCGACUGCGAAAUCAAACCGACUGCCAGUGAUGUUUACUCAAGUCCUGCAAAAGAGGUGCCAAACUUCUCAAUGGUUGCUUUUGUUGACGAUCAACUUAAUAUCUGGAUCGUGAAUCUCGCAAACCAGCUGACAGAGAUCAUUUAUCAAACUCGACACGGCUAUUCCAAAAUCGACCAGUUGACACUUUUGGGUGACGAAUUAAUCAUCUGGACUCUCUCUCCAAAAACUGCGACCAUUAUGCGGCGAGAAGAGAACACCUGGAAAGAGUGUGAUACAUUCUCCUGGAAAUCGAAUAGCAGUGUCUUGUCUCUGAAUAGUUGUGGAUUUAAUUUUCUGCAAUUCAGUUACGGAAAUAUGCGUACAAAGGGCCGAUCGAGCGGAACGCGUGAACUGUUCGUGAACAAAAAACAGCACAUUCAGAUUUUGCCAAUUGAGAACAGCAAUUCAGACCAAUAAAACUGCCUAAUUUAAAUUAGAAAAUUUAGAUAGCCAAUUGAUUGAAUUAUGCACAAAAAUUUAGUUUUACAAUUUUUUGAUUCGUCUGAUGACUUCAAAUGAAACUGAUAUAUCAUGACUGGC